AGUCUUGAGCUCCUUUCCAACGGCAGACGCUCAGCUUAUUGGAGGACAAGUUUGCUUUACGGCUUCGAGGUCGCCUUUUACGACAUUUUCCGGCUUCCCAUUCACUUCGCGGUGAAGAUGGCGUCCAGCAGUGGGACGAAAAACUUGGACUUUCGCCGCAAGUGGGACAAAGAUGAAUACGAGAAGCUCGCUGAGAAGAGGCUCACGGAAGAGAGAGAAAAGAAGGAUGGAAAACCAGUGCAGCCAGUCAAGCGGGAGCUUCUCCGGCAUAGGGACUACAAGGUGGACCUGGAAUCCAAGCUUGGGAAGACAAUUGUCAUUACCAAGACCACCCCACAAUCUGAGAUGGGAGGAUAUUACUGUAAUGUCUGUGACUGUGUUGUGAAGGACUCCAUCAACUUCCUGGAUCACAUUAAUGGAAAGAAACAUCAGCGAAAUCUGGGCAUGUCUAUGCGUGUGGAACGUUCCACCUUGGAUCAGGUGAAGAAACGUUUUGAAGUCAAUAAGAAGAAGAUGGAAGAGAAACAAAAGGAUUAUGAUUUCGAGGAAAGGAUGAAGGAGCUCAGAGAAGAAAAAGGAAUUUUGAAGCUCAUCUAUCUCUUUCGACAAUGUUUGGCUCAGGAGCCUGAACUGAUACUGAGUGGUUUCCCCCUCAUCUCUCCAGGAGGAAAAGGCCAAAGCCUACAAGAAAGAGAAACAGAAGGAGAAGAAAAGGAGGGCUGAGGAGGACUUGACAUUUGAGGAGGAUGAUGAAAUGGCAGCUGUGAUGGGCUUCUCUGGCUUUGGUUCCACCAAGAAGAGUUACUGAGGCUUUCUAUGCUUGGCCCUUUGCUGGGCUUAACUUUGAGUGUGGGCGGGGUCAUUUUUUCGUGCAGGGGGAGUACUUGGGAAAGUCCUUAACUGGCAAUGGGGAGGACUAGAGGGCGGGUGUUUAUAGUUUCUCUCGACCUUGAGAGAAAGCACAGGAGGUAGAGGUAAUGCUGUGGCAUGUUCCUUUAGCCUCAGUGUAUCACCCGCAUCACAGGCCCUUUGCCCAUCUGUUCCCAAUAAAGAAAAACCUCUUCUGAGGCUGCUUUCCCAAAACUUCCCCUGCAUCUUUCCCUCUUCGUCUAUCCAGUCUUCUCCGAGCAUCCUGCAUUUAUUCUGUGUUCUGCCUUUGUUUUAAUUUUGGCUCUUGCUUGGCCUUCCACAGAAACGUUCUCUGGGCCCCCAGUUUCUAGUUGAUAUAUCCUUGACCAGCCACUCCCCACCCCCCACAGUGGUUCUCUGGCCACCGAUGCAUGCAUGUGUACUUUUGCCUGGGUCAGUAGUAUGUGCGGAUGUGUGUGCAUGAAUCUGUCACAUAGAGGGAGCCUGAACUAGAACCUCAGAGCAUUAUUGCCUUGGGGCUCGAUAGCCUUGGUUCCCUCAGUGCAUGAAAUAGGAAAUUAAAUGGAAUGAGUGUUUGGUGUGGAUUUUGUCUGUUGAGUUUUUUUAACCUUUGUUUUUCAUAUGUAGAUUGUUAAGCUAUUCCUGUUUGUUUUAUUUUAUUGAGGAUUACUCUGUUUUUGUCUUCCUUGUGAGCAGGCUCUUGGAAGAACCUGUUUGAUGCAAAAAAGAAAACGGAAAAAAACACACACCCUCAAAUGGGAGCCUUUGUGUGUCAGAGGCUGUUCAACAUGUAUAAUAAAUGGCAUUGACUGGGCCUAUUUCACAUUUGUGGAAACAUUC